CCGUCUUUCAUUUGCUCUGACUGAGUGCAAACAGUCACCAGCGUACAGCCAGAAACAAGAGGAGAUACGUGCAAACAGAAAGACUGACUGGAUUAACCACUGCGGACUGAACACUGAAUAUUCAAAGGAGCAAAAAGCUGUGUCCUGUUUGCAGGUGAAACUGAGUGGAGAGACUACAAACUGAGAGGAGCAUACAAACUGACCUGAGUGCAGCCGGACAGGUUGAGGUGGAAGAGAUUGUGGCAGCCCUUCCCUGUGGUCAGCUCUUCUUACUGAAAAGACAAUCCCUGCAGGGCUCAGGAUGCGUGUGACCUCCUCUCUCCUCUUAGCCCCCCUGCUCCUCCUCCUGAUCCAGUCCACCGAGAUGAAAAGACAGGGGAAGGGCAAAGGCCUCAGAGGAGCGAGAAACAAACUCACAGGGGACAGGGCGAGAGGUGUCGGGCGUCACAGCAGAUCAGGCCCCUCCAGGCGUGUAGCACCUGACUGCUCAGAGUCGACAGAUUCUGGAGACGUCUUUGUAGACUGUCAGGACCGACGCUUCACCUCCAUUCCCAGCUCACAGACCUGGUCCAAAGAACCCAAGCACCUCCUUCUAGCCCGCAAUCGCAUCAAAGUACUUCGUGAUGGGGCCUUCUUUGGAUAUGAGAGCUUAACUAGUCUGGAUUUGCAGCAGAAUCAGAUCUCUCGAGUGGAGGAAGAGGCCUUCCAGGGCCUGACACGCCUUACAACCCUGCUGCUGCAGCACAACCUCCUGGGAACACUUAGCGAGGAGGCCCUCAUCCCCAUGCCAAACCUUCAAUACCUACGUCUAUAUGAUAAUCCCUGGAAUUGUCUCUGCCCAAUGGAGAGUCUCAUACGCACUCUGCAGGUCCCAAGCAACCGUAUUCUAGGAAAUCAUGCCAGGUGUGCAGAGCCCAUCAGGCUGAAAGGCAUGAAGUUGAAGCAGGUUGACCCCGAGUUACUCUGUAAGGAGACAGACCCAACAGGCGACCCACAGCGUGACCAAACACAUACUACGUUCCCUGUAGAGCCCAUUCCAAUUCGCACCAAACCAGACGCCACCACAUCUUGCCAUACCUACCUUUUCCCCCAAAUACGGAUGGACUGCAGUAACCGAGGCCUAACUGAGGUGCCCACAGGUAUUCCAGAGGAUGUUGUUCAUAUCGAUCUGUCCCAUAAUUCAAUCCGUCAUCUCAGAGCCAGAGAUUUCCAAGGAGCGAGGAGCCUCAGAACCCUUAACAUCAGUAAUAACAACAUGGAGCACAUCGACACAGCUUCCCUGUCUGGGCUCCUGCACCUUCAUGAGCUGGACCUGUCCGACAACAGCCUGCAUUUUGUCCAGUACGGGGUUCUUGAAGACCUUUACUUCCUGUCACGGCUAAAACUGGGAGGAAACCCCUGGGUGUGUGACUAUAGCAUCCACUACAUUGUGUACUGGCUGCGUCUGCACCCAGGGGUAAAGCACUCUGGCCUGCUGUGUCGCUCUCCUCCUGAACAUACUGGGGAGAGUGUGGAGGAGUAUGUGCGUUCCUACAACAGAGCGUGUCCAAAAGACAGACAGCACAGCAGAACAGAUCAAGACCAAACGAACCCUGAGCUAUGGAACACACCAAUGGAAGUGCAAGGAGAGAUUGAGGAGGAGCUGGAGCCGAGCCACUUGAGAGCACCGCAGAAAUACCAGAUUAUAAGGCUGUUCUGAAGAUUUGACUUUAAAAAGGCUAUCUGUUUUCCCUUCUUGCAUUUUCUUUCAAUAUCUGUAUCAGAUGGCAAAUCUACCUUUCAUCUUACUUUUAUGUUUUGUAAGUGUUGUUUUUUUUAAAUCGAAAAUAUAGGAAUUAUAAACUGUUUUGACUAAUAAUUAUAAGUGAAACAUGUGUAGUGCACAUAAAAAAAUUAUAUCAGGUUACAGAAUGUGCAAUACUCACUGAUACAUUUCAAGCUGGACCAUGUUAGAGAUGUGCAACCACGCAGGUUGAGGUGGAUCACAAAAGGGCGGUAGUUCUGCAGAAUCUGCUUCAUUGUGCUGUCUAUUAUCCAGUCUUUCUCCACAGAGAAGUUGAUCUAACAGGGACACACAUUAGGGAACAUUACACUCCUGUUACAAUAUAACUUACCACGAAUUAAAUACAAGAAGCAAUCUCUCAGUACAGACCUGACUCCACAAUGGGCCAGACUGGAUGAUACCUUUCCAUGUGCAACAUACCUCAGCACAAUUUAGCCAGUCUCGCAAUUCUAAAUACUGAAAGAUCUGCAGAGAAAACAAUCAUGACGUUUUUGAUUAUUCAGGAACAUUAGAAUUUCCUCUCUAUUUAUUUGACAAAUACCUGAUUUGUUUAUGGUAUUAAUUUUUUCCACAACAUUUUAAGCAUUCUUCCAUAAUGUUUUUGUCAUAAGGUAUAAAUAGUGAAAGGGGGAAAGUAAGAAAGUACAUUUUUAAACAUUUAAGUGUUGGUGCAACAUAUUUCGAUGGCUUACAUAUAAAAGUUUAAAUACUUAAGCACACCUUUCUCUUUGCCAAAUGUUAUGAGGAACUAAACCACAGAUUAUAGCAACUUGAUCAAUAUUUGCUCCUCUAGGUUUUGAUCUGACAUAACCAGCUGUCACUCUGGAUUCACUGACUCCUCUGCCGCGGCCACUUUGCAAGGCGCUGGGAUGUAAGAGUACAAGCAGCCUCUUUAUUUUAACCAAACAUAGUCAUGUUGAAGAAGCUCUAUUUAUCGGGAGAGGUGUGGGACAGAAACACCCGACCAACUAAAGCCAAACUGCACUCCCUUUGCCAGCGAAUGUGAAUCUAAAACAAACUGGGGCUUCAAAUGGACAGUUCAAGCUGAGUCAGAAAGAUGUUUAUGGGAGUGUUUAGCAUAUUUAUAAACUACAGAGCCACUGGUAUGAAAUAAUAAUUAUAUAAGGCCUACAAAAAAAUUAUAAUCGAUACCCAAAAAAACACAAAACAGCAACAGAUCUUAUAAGACUGGUCCCAUAAACAUAAACGCUUUCUGUGGUAAUGGGUAAAAGGUACACUAGAACAUAAUGACAUUAAUCAACAGGCCUCAAAGAGAUUGAAUGAAUGUUUACAUUAGAGUCCACUUUAAGUCUUAUGUAACAGAUAUGAUCUCAUCCCUGACUGCUUAUAGAAGAGAUAAGUGAAGCUGCUACAGCAGGCCUAUUCAACUGGUGGAUCAGUUCUAUUUAGAAAUAAAAUGGAAAACCUGAAGAAAAAAAAAUCACACGAAUAACAGAGAAAAUUGCCACAAUAAAAAUCCUUCAAACCAGAAGAGCGCUUCUGUGCUGUCAGUAACAGCCAGUCACAAACAUGCAUUAUUAUUAUCCAGCUUCUCUCACAUGAACACCAUGAAAACAAAUGCUCGUGCCUCCUUGACAAAUGAGCGUCUGCAUCACUGUUAUAUAUGAACCAGCCCUCUCUGCCUUCGCCCAGUGCAAAGAAGUGCAAUCUUUCUUAUUAGUAGCCUUUAGGCUUCUGAUUUGUGAGAGUUAAAGAUGAUAUUAAAGACAUGAUGUGUUGUAGAAUACCUUUGUUUUAAAUAUAUGUUACUUACUACUUUUGGGGCUAAAUCACAGCUUGUGUUGCACAAAAAUAAUUUAACUAAGUACUUGGCGUAAUUACUUAAAGAAGUUUAAGAGGCACUACCUUCAGUGAGAGGCUGCUAGGAAGCACUGACAGUCCGUCACAUUUUUCCCCAAUCUGGUGGACUUUGCCGAUUUCAAUAAACCUCAUUUCAAACCUCUGCAAGAUUUGUACAAACACACACACAAGAAAUGUAGAACAUUGCUAGAAUUCAUUCUACUUAGUUUUUACUAAAAUUUCCAUUAAAUGUAUACCUUAAAGUA